GGAGCAUCCGGAGUUUGGUUUUUAACUGGGUAUUUUCCCGAUGAAGCAAUGUGUAGCCCAGCAGACCUGUCCCUGGCUGUCCCGAUGCCAGACAGCUGUUGUAAAUCACUGUCCCGGGAAAGCAAGCAGAAAGGACUCAGACAUAAACAGUAAAGCCUAAUAAGUGCAAGAUAAAUCCUGAGAUGAUUUUAAGCCAGCAUCAAUAGAUACGUCUUGUGAGGGAGACCUGCAAGUGGGUAAAGGAGAUGAUGUUACCAUCACUUUGCCACAUAUUCCAGGUUCAACUCCACCAAUGACUGUCUUUAAAGGAAAUAAAAGACCAUAUCAGAAGGACUGUGUGCUUAUUAUCAAUCAUGACACUGGGGAGUAUGUGCUGGAAAAGCUUAGUAGCAGCAUUCAAGUCAAGAAAACAAGAGCAGAGGGCAGCAGUAAGAUCCAAGCCCGAAUAGAGCAACAGUCUGCUCGAGCAUCUCAGCCUCCUUCACAGUUCAGAGCUCCAACCAAGCCAGCAGCUGGACCUAAAACUUCUCCUUUGAAGGAUAAUCCUUCACCAGAGCCUCAGCUGGAUGAUAUUAAGAGAGAACUGAGAGCAGAGGUUGAAAUUAUUGAGCAGAUGAGCAGCAGCAGUGGAAGCAGCUCAUCGGAUUCAGAAAGCUCAUCUGGGAGUGAAGAUGAAAGCUCAAGCAGCGAGGGGGAAGAGCCAGCACAUGUUUCCCCUUCCCAGCCACCACACCAGCAGUAUAACAACAGGAAUGCUGUUGCUAACGGCACCAGCAGGCCACAAGGAAGCAAUCAGCUCAUGAACACGCUCCGAAAUGACUUGCAGUUGAGUGAGUCUGGGAGUGACAGUGAUGACUAGAGGCUGCGCUUUUGCUGUUUCUGUUACAUAUACAUGAAGAACUAAUUUACCUGAAGUGAUCCUAUUGCUUAUGAAGAGGAGCUGGCACAGUGGUAGUUCCAUGUGUGGAAUUUUAAUAGAAGAAAUGCAUAGGCCUACAAAAUAGCAGAUGUUGAGGACUGUUUUACUGUGUGAAUUAUGUGUAUAUAUUGUGUAUAUUCUUAUUCUGUUAAAGCUUUGGAUAGAUAUGUACAGUGGGUGAACCAAUGUUCCUGUCUGCCACCUGUAAGUUUAACAUGUAACUGUAUGAGGUCAUCUAAAAAUUUGUGUUUUGUAGAUGUUCAGCGCAUCAUGACUUUGUCAGGGUACUUCUGUAUAUAGUGUGAGCAUGUGCCUACAAUGAGUUUAAAAAAAACAUGCAGGAGCUAGUGUGUGCACUGAAGUGGGACUGCCAUAAAUUAAGUUUCAAUACUAAAUUGAUUUCUUUGGUUUGGGACUUUUCUAAUGCCUUUUUAUUGCUAUUUAUGGUUGAUUUAAUAGACUGACUUUUAAACAGUUGGAAAAUAGGAAUGAUUAAACCAUGUUCAUCACAAACCUUGCUGCACCAGUGCCUUAUAAGCAGGUUUUUUUAAUAAUGCUUCAAUUCCUGCCACCUUCCCUGUAGGGAGCAAUACUGAAACCUCCUCAGAUUGCUUCUGCAAGCAAGAGCUGUGUGUUACAUACAGCCUCUGUGCUCUGAGGGCAGCGAUGACUCUAGCAAGAUAAAGGAUACACAUCAAUCACCUAAACUCAUCCGAGUAAGAAUCAGAUCAGCAUUCUCUUUAGAAACUGGAAAGUCUCAUUUAACUCAGACACUCAGACCUAGUCUUCAGAAAUACUUACAACCCCAACUACUUGUGACAUUGCAACACCACAAAUGCAAGUUAUUUGAUUUACUGUAAUUCUAAGAGUAGAGGCCUCUUUACAGUUUCCUAGAGAAUGCAAAAAGAGGUGACUAAACAAGUAGCCAUGAAACAGCAGAAGUCUCUCUCCCACCACAGUUGUCAAGGUAGACUUAGUCCAUAUUUUUCAUUGGACAAGACCUCUUUGUGCUUGGCAGGAGUACACAGAACAUGAAACAUUUGCCUAGGGUGAAAUUCACCCCUGUUUAAAGGGGGUUUAAAGGGUGCUUAGUUGGAUUAUCAUUAACUUUUUUGUUCACAUGGAAAAUGAGCGCCACAGGCAGCCUCUUGGAGCUUGAACACCAGGGUGACUUCUUAAAAUUAAAAUUCUGCUGACAUAGGACAACUUGCACCAUAGUUGUGGUGUAUAAUCCUGGGGAAUGGGAAGCUGAAUCAGAUGCCUCUCCAUUCUCAGGUGUCUGCUUUGCACUGCUCUCAUCUGUUAGUUUGUGUUUUAACUCCUGUUCGUUUACUGAGCUCUGUCCUUUUUUUAACAUGUUGAAGAGCAAGGGGACAUUUGAAGGGAGAUUUUAUUAAAUGGUUUAUUUUUUUGCAUUAGAUACAUAUUUAGGCAUAUUUUUGCAUUGUUGUACAUACAUUCAAAAAUACUUGGUUUUUUUAAAGUGUUUUGUGAUGCAGGUAUGUAUUUUAAUGGACAAUUAUGAAAUAUACUUGAUGAAAAGCUACAAUUGCUCUUCUUUUUUUUUUUUUCUUUUCUCUUUCCCUAUUCCUCAUGUAACAGUAAAAAUGGUCUGUUU